ACGAGGGAAAAAAAAAAAAAAAGAAACCGUUGCAGACUAAUGGAAGACUUCCCUUCUCCGCACAGUCUCAUUUCGGUGAGUCCUUUCUGCCCCGCAGGCAGUUUGCAAAGGCAGGGGAUGGUUUCUGCAAACCUCUGUUUUGAACGCCUGCACCCAGGGGCGGGGGGCGCGGGCAGAACUCCUCCGCGCCACCCCAAGCAGAGUCCCACCGCUUCGGGGCCGCUGCGGACCUCCGGACACCCGGCAUCGCGCCUCGGAGGUGCCGCGCGGUGGCCACAGACCCUCCGCCGUCCCCUUGAUGCCACCGCCUCCGCGCUCCCGCUGGGGCAGCCCCAGGGGCACCCACCCGAACCGAGCUGGGCCAGAGGGGCGGGGCUGGGCCCUGUGAGGUCAGCGGCGGGUGGGCCAAUGAGCAGCGCGGCGGAGUCAGGGUGCUCCUCGUGUGGUGGUUGCAUGGGGAGGGUGGCAGCGGCCAGCGCAGGGCGAGGGGUCCCGGAGCACCCCCGCCCAGCCGGCGGGCGAGACUGAGGGUGCCGCUGCCGCUCCCGCUGCCCCUGCCCGGACGGGCACAGGUGCGCCGGUGGCGGCGGGAGCGCAGCGCCCUCCUCCCGGCGGCGUCCGGCGGGGGAUGUGCCGGCCACCGGGGGCGCGCCGCCCGUGGGAAGCGCGCUCCUAACGCCACCUGGGCGCCGCGGGAAGCGCCCGGCUCGGCUCGGCGCGGAGCUGGCGGCGCAGCGUCGCCGGGAACCGGGCAGCUCUUGACGGUUAUGGCCAAAUCUUUCAUCAGCAUAUUGUAUAAUGAGCUACCCAUUGGAUGAUUUACAGUCAUCUGAAACAUGAUACAUACUUCUCUUCCUUGUCCAUGCCUACAUGCUGACACAUUACCAGUUUUGUUUCCAAAAGAGGAGUUCACAGAACUGCACAGUGCCUGAUCCAACUAGCUGCUUUGAUGUUCCUCACAGGACCAUACUAUGUCAGAGAGCCACAAUGAUCAUGCAAAAUAACAGUUCAGCUUUGCCCCUGUUUUCAAAUGUAAGCUCCUUCUGGAAGAGAGAUUCAUAUGGACCAGGACUUCUUGAUGAAGCAGCAUCACUGAUUGGCAGCUAUGAUUUCCCUCAGACCACAGAGAGUUUUCCCCUCCCCACUGUGGAAUCAGCAAACGUGUCUUUAAAUGCCACAAGCAAAGACCCUCUGGGUGGACACACAGUCUGGCAAGUCGUUUUGAUUGCUUUCCUCACUGGGAUCCUUGCACUGGUGACCAUCAUAGGGAACAUCCUAGUGAUUGUUGCAUUUAAAGUUAACAAACAACUGAAAACAGUAAACAACUACUUCUUAUUGAGUCUUGCCUGUGCAGAUCUGAUCAUCGGUGUUAUUUCUAUGAAUCUUUUCACCACAUACAUCAUCAUGGACCACUGGGCUUUGGGAAACUUGGCCUGUGAUCUUUGGCUCUCUAUUGACUAUGUUGCCAGUAAUGCCUCUGUCAUGAAUCUUCUUGUCAUCAGUUUUGACAGGUAUUUUUCCAUCACUAGGCCACUUACAUACAGAGCCAAACGAACAACCAAAAGGGCUGGGGUAAUGAUUGGUUUAGCUUGGAUCGUCUCUUUUGUUCUUUGGGCCCCUGCCAUCUUGUUCUGGCAGUAUUUUGUUGGGGAGAGGACUGUGCCUCCUGAUGAGUGUUUCAUACAGUUUCUCAGUGAACCUGUCAUCACUUUUGGCACUGCCAUAGCUGCCUUUUACUUGCCAGUCACCAUUAUGAGUAUUUUAUAUUGGAGGAUCUACAAGGAGACCGAGAAACGCACCAAAGAGUUAGCAGGGCUACAGGCUUCAGGCAGUGAAGUGGAGGCAGCACGCUUCGUACACCAGACAGGCAGCUCCCGCAGCUGCAGCAGCUAUGAGCUGCAACGACAGAGUAUGAAACGCUCCACCCGAAGGAAAUACGGGCGCUGCCACUUCUGGCUCACAAUGAAAAGCUGGGAACCCAACACAGACCAGGGGGAUCAAGAUCACAGCAGCAGUGACAGCUGGAACAACAAUGAUGCUGCUGCUUCCCUUGAAAAUUCAGCCUCCUCUGACGAAGAAGACAUCACUGCAGAGACCAGAGCCAUCUAUUCAAUCGUGCUGAAGCUUCCUGGUCACAGCGCCAUCCUCAAUUCUACAAAACUCCCCUCCUCAGAAGAUUUGCAUGAGUCAGGGGAUGAACUGCAGAAAUCUGACACCGAAUUGAAGGAAAAGAAACCUAAAAAAUUGCACCCUCCCAAAAGUGUUCAGGAUGGUGGGAAUUUCCAGAAGAGCUUUUCUAAGCUUCCAAUUCAGCCAGGGUCAGCAGAGACAACCACAGCUUCUGAUGGCAUCUCAUCAGUGACCAAGGCAUCUGCAGCCCUGCCCUUGUCCUUCAAGGAAGCAACCCUGGCAAAAAAGUUUGCCUUGAAGACCAGAAGUCAGAUCACAAAGCGAAAACGAAUGUCACUUAUCAAAGAAAAGAAAGCAGCACAAACACUUAGUGCCAUUUUGUUUGCCUUCAUCAUUACCUGGACCCCAUAUAACAUCAUGGUUCUGGUGAACACAUUUUGCAGCUGUAUCCCCAAAACUUUCUGGAACCUGGGGUACUGGCUUUGCUACAUCAAUAGUACAGUGAACCCCAUGUGCUAUGCACUGUGUAACAAAACAUUCAGAAACACUUUCAAGAUGCUACUGCUGUGCCAGUGUGACAAACGGAAACGACGCAAACAGCAGUAUCAGCAGAGGCAGUCAGUCAUUUUUCAUAAGCGGAUCCCCAGGGAGGCUUCAUAGAGUAGUAUUUUUUAAGCAACUGAAAAAAUAAUGAAAUGGGAAUGGGAUGGGACAGGAUGGGAUAGGAUGGGACAGGAUGGGACAGGAUGGAAUGGGACGGGAUAAAAAGGGAAGGGAUGGGAUGGGCUACGAUGAGUUGGGGUGUGAAGGCGGUUCCAGGGUGCUUAUUUAAACAUUUAAGCAUCAAGAUGUGAAAGCAGCUGCCAGGCCUACGUAUCCUUUUAAUAAAUCCAGUUUAAUAUAAAAAGUCAAGUAUGCAUUGAGCAAAAACUAACAAGCUUCAACGUUUUUACUAAGGAAUGAAAGACUUAAUAAAGUUUUCCUACAAAUUUGCAAGAAGCUGUAUAACAAUUGUAAACCCAUUACCGAUCUGCCCAGCUUUUUGAUUAUAGUCGACUCUGGGAUCUCAGGUAAGCACAUCUAGCUAGCCCAACUCUUCUGUUUCCAAGGAAUCCAACAACUUACAAUUCAAGACACAUACAGAUGUAGCAAGCUAGCGAAAUAGGAUUAUGUAAUUAUUUGAGACACUGUAUAGGUUGCAAAAUUGCUUCUUGUUGUCCAGGUAGAGUUUCCUGUCUACUUCUGGUGUAUUGUUAAUUGUACCCCUGAUUCCUGAUUGCCGAGUAUCUAUGUGUGCAGCUCAUGUUAUAUAUAUGUGUGUGAGUGUGUUUGUAUGUAUAGCAUACAUUCACACCUCUAAAAUACACACAUACCAGGAAAGAGGUAAUCUACUGGUUUAGGUUUUACAGGGCUCCCCAUCACAAUUACAUGACUGAAAUAAACACCACCCCCCCCCCCCCGAAAGUCAUAUUAUAAAUAUAUAUGUAAUAUGCUACCUGAAAUUCAAAUUUAUCUUUAAAACCAAAACAUAGUGUCACAUUUCAAAUGGAGAGAACCGAGCCCUGUGGAACCUAAUGGUCUAUAGAGUUUCAUAAUGGGGCAUCUGCCCAGUAAAACCUUAAUCUUGAGCCCAGUAUCUCUCCCCAAAGUGAUCACACCUCUUUAGAAGAUACAAGGUGAAAGGAAUUGAAGGUUACAUUCAGGGCAGAAUGUGAAGUUAUCUUCACGGGGUGUGGGAUGGUGGGAGCCCACAUCUGGGUUGCACGGUGCUAGUGUGCAAAGGGACUCGCUCAGGACCCAGGCGGGUGCAGCCAGUAGCAGGACCGCUGUUUUCUGGUGGGGCGGCUUUGCUGCUGUCAGAGCAUGCACGGAUGCUGAAACACCUUGUCCUGACUUGCACCAUGUGGAUGUACCACUGUUUUCAGAGCCAGCUGAGAUCCAGUGCACAGCACCUGUAUGGCUUCCAGUGAAAGUUCAGGUUGUAAUUUUCUAUCUGAAGCUGGUGGAGCCCCCCCCCUCUCACUGUCUGCCCAGGUGAUCUUCAGAUGCAGAAGAUUUGUGUGAAAGAAAUGCUUUAUUUUUGCACAUGAAGGAUGCUUGCUAAAAAGUGGGUUUUUUCCAGAACCUGUUUUAAAAAUCAUCAGGAGAACUGCACCUAAGUCCAUUUAAUGCCAGGUUAUUUGGUGUUGUGAAAAACAUGAAUAUUGCCAAUUUGUAACCUGGCAAUUUUUCAUAAAGAAAAUUUUACAAGGGCUUUAAUAUUUAUAGCUUUGACAUGACCAGUACUUCCUGGUAUUUGUGAUGUGGUCUGCACCAAAUAUGAUUUAUAAAAGUCGGAGAUCCCCUGGGGAAAGGAUUGUACUUUAAACUAUUGUUCUAAAUUUGAUUUAGUUACAUGUUGAAAGAUAAUUUUGUAUUCUCCUUUGAAUUGACCAAAACUUUUUUUAUUGCUUAGACUCUUAUUUUGCUGAAAAUAAAACAAAACAAAUACCUUCUUUUACAAAGGGGCAUCAGUGUUGUGAACACAGAACUGAUGUUAAAGCUGCUUUUGUAUUCAGUGUGAGAUGGUGUUUACAGAUGAAUUUGACAACAGUGGAAAUAUAUUAAAUGGUGUCUGUGUAUCUGAA